GUGCAACAGAGUUCACUCUGGUGGCAGUCGUUGAAAAAGAGGGAGGGAGUGAGUGCGUAUGGCCCAGACUCCUUACCAACGAAGGUACUUUACACAGUUCACUUCUGGCAAGCACCCUUCACGAACUGAACGAAAAUAAGUGAAAUAAUACAUGCCCUUCUUAUUUCUUCAAGAUUAAAACACCCACAAGACCACGGAGCAAAAAAACCUCUGAAGUCGCAUCAAAUCCCCUAAAAAAAAAAAAAAAAAAAAAAAAAAAAAGUCAAGAUACUGUGCAACAUUGUUUCUCGUUCUAAUUUUUGGUUUAUCAAUGCAUACUCUUUAUACACUAGCCAGUAUGAAACCAGAGAUCACCGCAGCGGUAGGAUUUCUAUCGAGAUUUCUCAGGACAAAGGGACUCGUAAAUGAGCGACAAUUGCAAACAUUCAGCCAGUCUCUCCAGGAUCUGCUGUCAGAACAGUACAAACAUCACUGGUUCCCAGACAGACCCUGCAAAGGCUCAGGCUACCGCUGUAUCCGUAUCAACCACAAAAUGGACCCAGUGGUAGGGCAGGCAGCCCAGAGAAUUGGCUUAAGUAUCCAGCAGCUCUACCAGCAACUCCCCAGCGAGCUCACCCUCUGGGUGGAUCCCUUUGAAGUGUCCUACCGCAUUGGGGAGGAUGGCUCCAUUUGUGUACUGUACGAGUCACAGCCAGUAAUCAGCAGCCAGAUCCCAGUGUCCAGUAGCCUGCAAAUGGUGGAGAGUCACAUCAGCUGCAAGGAAGAACUGCGCUUGGGCAGAACCAUCCCUUCUAAAACAUACAACAUGAUGACUGUGUCCAGUUAGAGGCAUGGAAGUCCGAUGGGUAAUCUGUGUUCUGGGGGAUGGAAAACCUUGUAGGUUGUCAUUUUUUUGUUGUUGUUUUGUGGCUUCCUUUUGGGGAAGUAUGGAAUCCAUGAUGUUGCAGCUGUGAAGAUCUAAGACAUUUCUUUCCAUUGGAGAAAUAACUGUAACAUUCACUAUUGCCACAAUUGGAAAUUGAUCCAGGCAGCCUAUAUGUGUAGACUUUGCACUUUUGUAUAUCUUUUCCAAGAAUAAGGAAUUACUUUCAGGAUGUUUCCUAGAGUCUUCAUUUGCUGAAGACACUGAUUAAGAAAACGGGUUUAAACAUCCUGGAAGUAUUUCCUGGCAAGUCCAGAACUUGGUCCCAGCAGUACCAGACAUUCAUAAUUGUCUGUAAAGAAUCUCCUCAUUCAAUAUGCAAGUUUCUUGGACCUUUGACAGUUACUAACUGGUACUGCUGGGACCAAUUUCAUUAAGUUGCAGGACAUUUACUAUCAAUCAGAAAUGUUUUUCUGUGUGUGUGUGUGUGUGUGUGUGUGUAUGUAUGUAUGUAUGUAUGUAUAUAUAUAUGUAUAUAUAUAUAUAUAUAUAUACACACACACACACAUACAUAUAAAAAGCCUGCUGCCAUAGAAGCUUUACAUGCAUAUAUCUCUGGUGUUGGGAUCAAGCACUACUGCAGGGUUUGCUAAUAUACUGUUUGCUUUUGGUCUUUACCAAUUAAAUAUAUUUUGCUGCCCAUAAAACUGCAAGCAGUACAUGGAGUUUUAGGGCUCACAAUGUCCAAGUCAAAUACUCCUGCUUUACAGAAAAUGCAUGUGUUGAAAGCCAGGCAAAUCUCGAAUGCAGGAUUAGAAACAUUUGUUCCUGUGCAAAAUAUUUAUAUUUAAGCCACAUUGCCACUGCCAACUGAUCCACUUCUGGCCACCUUUUGCUUUUUGCAUUGCUGUGUACACUCUGCUUAUGGCUGUUUUUGAGAGAUCACCUAUUUGUUGUGGGUGGUGGGAGGAAGCUUACAAUUUUACAAUCCCAGAGAUGUAAUGUCAUUAUAGCCGAACAAGGGAAGAACCUAGGCUGAGAUCUUUUAAAGUAAAUCUUCUUGGGUCUUUUGGCCUAGCACCAAUGUGAUGGCAGGGUGACAGAUUGCAACACUUUAUCAUUUCAGUUUCACCAUGUUAAUGUUUUAAAGAGGAUACAUUUGGGUCUGGAGAAUAUUCACAGGGAAUGUGUGAGAAAACCGUUACCAUAAGAACAAUCAAAGUUAAUGGCAAGUGUAAGCCCGUUCAUUUUAGUAUCUGUAUAUGGUUUUGCUACUUAAUUCCACAACGUCCUCUUAAUUUGACUGAAUUAUACCCAGCAGAAUGUGUACUGCAGCCUAUCGCUUUCCUUUAAUAUGGAUGUGUACAGCCAGUGACUAGAUAAGGGCAGCUAAAACACACUGGCUGUGAAAUUAACACAUCAUUUUUUGUUUGUUUGUGACAGACGAGCAGCAUGCACUGAACUUAUUUCUCUACUUUUCUUGAAUCACUUAGAAGAUUGUUCCUGAACGUCUCGUCACAAUGUGAAAGUGAUAACUGUGGCAACAGGCUUUUUGAGUUUUGGUUACUUUACUAAAUUGUGGCUUUAGCCAUUAGCAGCUGGAUUGUAUGAAUGUACCUGUGAUUGUCCUGUAUUUGUGUUAAUGCUCCUAAGACCACGGAUGACAGCCGUUGUAAUGGGAAACGGGCCUCUUCCUUGGUGCGCUUUAUGCUUUCUAUGAAACCCAGUUCAUCUAAAGAUUUGAAGUGAGAAGGAAAAGACAGACAGGAUUAGUUCAAGUUGCAGUUUGAGGAUGAAAUUGGAAGACCUUUUACAAACGGUCAUAAUAUACCCUUAUCUAGCAUUAUCAUGAAUCUUUUUUUAUUAUUUUUUUUUAUUCACUUUCAUUUCGGAUGAAAACUGCAGAGAUUUUUCAUGGGAUAAGCAUGGGUUUUUAACUGCCAAGAUUUUUUUUUUAGCUUUAUUUCAAAAUGUCUUAGGUUUAUUUCUUUAGAUUCUAAACCUUUGAUUGAAAGUUCCUUGCAGUUUUUCACCCCAAAUUUCAGGGAACUUUUGUCAUCUUUUUAAGUUGGUUGUUUGCACUUGAUCACAUUUUUAUUCCAGAUUUGGCCCAAAAAAUUUUAAAACCUUAAACCAUUUAAUAAUGUUCUGCUUUAAAAUUCAUGAAUACGUUGAAAUACGUUAACCUGUUCAAUCGUUUAUUGCACAUUGUCAAAUUAAAACACUUAACUUACUUUUUACAUGCAUUUUUGCCUUACGAAUGCAUAUAAAUGACGAUUUUAUUUUGCUUUGCGGAGGCCGGGCCUCUUGAGAUGUAUUUUAAGUGCACAGAAUUAGUCAUUUACAUGAACAGAUGGGAUAGUAAACUUACAGCAAUGGGUGGUAUCAAGUGCCUAUUGCACAGCCCCCCUAACUCCUCUACAGAAAGGUCCAUGGUCAUAGGAGUGUUAGCGAGGACCAAAGCAAGUUCUUUGGGUAGACUGAUUCAUUAUGUCCAUGCUCUGUUAUCAGGUAGUGUCCUGUUUUUAAUUUUGGAAUACCCACAAAAAACAGCAUGUCUCUCUCUUUUGUGAACUAAUGUUGGUCAUCUUUUAUUUUUUCCUUUGGGUAAGUUAUGAGCUGCUGUACAUCUGUACACUUCAUGUAAAUUGAUUGUGAGGAAAUUGUACAAAUUUCUAUAUUUUGAAAAAGAAAAAUUCUUCUCUCUUUAAUAAAACAUUUCCUAUCUUG